AUGCACAAUAUCAAGCCAAACGCUCCGUUCAAGCCUCCUAGACUACUAAAAGAGGGCGACAUUCAGAACUUACCGUCUAGGGAUCUACCCAAAAGAGCUGGUGCCGUACUCGCAAAACGUCCCCCUCCCAACAUAGCACCCGUUGCUGCAAAAAGGGCCAAAUCUGAAACCACUGAUGACUCGUCCAUCUCACGUUGGACAAUACAAUGGAGGAAAAAGACAAACAAGAAAAAUAAGAGCUGGGAUGGUGAUGGCUUUGCAACCGUCAAAUCCACCGCUUUUGGCUGCGAAAUGGUAGUGAAGAACUCCGAUGGGAAGGUCAUGAGCAAAAAAUCGUUUAAUCUGGGCCCCGAUCUCGAUGAUGUUAUACCUAUUGGGGGGUACGAAAUAAUAUUGGAUGAAAAAUUGAGUCAAGAGGGUUCGGAUGUGACUAGUGAUGUGAACAAGACUGCAAUUGAAGUGGAAGAAGUUAUCGUUGCUCCAAAGGUUGUAGAGCAGUUCAAGAAAGUUGUCCAUGACGCGUCACCUGAACCAAGAAAGCCGUUGUAUGACGAUGCAGACAAAUUUACACUAACCCCGCCUCCCGGUUUGUCGUCGCAUGUUCCAGUAAGAAUUGAUCCCAUCCUUGCAUCCAAGUUGAGACCACACCAAUUGGAAGGUGUGACAUUUUUGUACGAAUGUUUAAUGGGAUUCCGCAAUUUUAAAGGAAAUGGAUGCCUUUUGGCUGAUGAAAUGGGCUUGGGAAAGACGUUGAUGACAAUAACCACCAUUUGGACCUUGCUAAAACAAAAUCCUUAUCCUGAUCAAAAGAAACCCAUUGUCAACAAGGUUUUAGUUGUCUGUCCAGUUACCCUUAUCAACAAUUGGAGGGAAGAGUUUAAGAAAUGGCUCGGUUUGAAUAAGGUCAAUGUGUUAACUUUGAACAAUCCAAUGUCUGACGACAAGCGUGAUAUAGUCAACUUUGGAAAGUUGAACGUUUACCAAGUUCUCAUAAUCAAUUAUGAAAAAGUGCUUGCACAUAGGGAAGAGCUAUCUACAGUUCCGUUUGAUCUUUUGGUUUGCGAUGAGGGGCACAGGCUCAAAAACAGUGCCAAUAAAGUGAUGAUAAACUUGACAAAGUUGAACAUCGCAAAGAAAAUUGUGUUGACUGGGACUCCCAUCCAAAACUACUUGACUGAAUUUUAUACGCUUGUGUCAUUUUUGAACCCACAUGUAUUGCCAGAUACCAAGACCUUCCAAAAAGAAUUUGUGAAUCCAAUUACUAGAGCCAGAGAUGUAAAUUGUUUCAAUGAGGAGAUUAAGAAGCAAGGGGAAGAAGUUUCGCAACGGUUAAUUCUGCUCACUCACAAGUUUAUCCUUCGACGUACGCAAGCGAUUCUCGAAAACUAUUUGACUAAUAAAACUGACAUACUAUUAUUCGUCCCUCCAACACAAUUACAACUAGACUUGUUUGAUCUGAUAAAGAGAUCGCAAAAGUUUCAGGAUUUGGAUUCCGGUGCCAUUUCCUUGUCGCUUAUCAACUUGUUUCGCAAGAUUUGCAAUUCUCCGUCACUUUUAGCGUCAGACGAUUUUUACAAAAGCAUUACCGAUGGAAGCUUGAAGUUGUCAACCAGUUCCGGUAAAUUGAAUGCGCUUAUUCCAUUAAUUUUGGAGAUCACUGCUCAGAAGGAGAAAUUAGUGCUCAUUUCAAAUUACACCACCACUCUAGACUUGUUGGAAACGGUGAUCAAAAAGCUCAACUUGCAGUUUUUACGUUUGGACGGUUCUACGCCAAACAACAUGCGGGGCAAACUUGUCAACAGGUUCAAUGAAGAUGACCUGGUUCUGGUAUUCUUACUCUCAUCAAAGUCAGGGGGAACUGGUAUCAACUUGAUUGGUGCUUCAAGGUUGAUCUUGUACGAUAAUGACUGGAAUCCAUCAACCGAUUUGCAAUCGAUGUCACGAAUCCACCGCGAUGGACAACAAAAACCAUGUUACAUCUACAGACUCUUCACCACCGGCUGUAUUGACGAAAAGAUUUUUCAACGACAAUUGAUGAAGAACAAGUUGAGUUCAAAAUUUUUGGACAACGACUCGUCUUCAAAGUCGGAUGUAUUUGAUUACAGCGACUUGAAAAACUUGUUUGAGAUUGACCUGGGUACAGCGUCAAACACUCAUGAUCUACUAGGCUGUUCGUGUGCUGGUGAUGGGUUUAUGUUGUCGCAGAAAUGUGACUCGGACUCAGAUGACGAUCAAACUACAACGACCAAGGAAUGGAUGUCGGCUGCUGAGCUUCAGGAAAAUUUGAACAAAACCGGGUAUCAAACAAAAGCAGUUAAAAAGGCACUAAACGAUUACCAUCACUAUGCUCCCGAAUUAAAUCAAAAUUUGGAGUUUGAUUCAGUGAUUAGCAGAAUUUUAAGCAACAAGUUGUUCAAAAACAAAUCCCCCUUCACGUAUAUAAUGCAAAAGAGUAAUGAUGCUCCAUCUACAAUAGAUAAUUAA